ACCAGUCGACAGAGGUGCAAAUAAAACCUGUGGAAAGCACUUUGACUGCGAAAUGGAAAUCAAGCCAGUAUUGAGAAGAUUUGGCUCACUGGUCCGAGCCAUUCUCACAUUUCUCUUUGCUCUCCUGGUACUUGGGGUGAUGUUAUGGGCAUACAUCGAUGGUUUCCCAAUAAUGACAUCCCAAUUCAACAUAAUCUCAUUAGGUUUCUACGGAGUGCUGCUCAGCCUCCAUGUCCUAAUUCAGAGCUUGUUUGCCUUUGUGGAACACCAGCGAAUGCGCGCAAGACGCAAACCGUGCUCUUACACAAAGAACAUUGGCUUUACAAUCUCAGCCUAUCAGGAGGAUCCAACAUAUCUGCAAGAGUGUCUUCAAUCAGUACGGGCGCUGCAGUACCCAUCUGAGUUACUGCGCAUUAUCAUGGUUGUGGACGGAAACUCAGAAGAUGACCGCUACAUGAUGGAGAUGUUCCGUGAAGUCUUUGGAGAUCAGGAUCCUGGCUGUUAUGUGUGGCAAAACAACUACCACUCAUGGAACCCCAUACACGAAGAGGAUGCAGAUCAAGCUGAUGGUACAGAAGGGAAUGAUAGGAUGGUGUUUGAAGACCCCCAACGCUUCGAAGUUGAGGAGCUCAUCAGGACCAAGAAGUGUGUGUGCAUUAUGCAAAAAUGGGGAGGAAAAAGGGAGGUUAUGUAUACAGCAUUCAAGGCACUAGGAUCAUCUGUGGAUUAUAUACAGGUGUGUGACUCAGACACAAAAUUAGACCCUCUAGCCACAGUGGAGCUUUGCAAAGUACUGGAGAGUAACCAAAAGUACGGUGCUGUAGGAGGCGAUGUGAUGAUCCUCAACCUUAAAGACUCAUAUAUUAGCUUCAUGAGCAGCCUGCGCUACUGGAUGGCCUUUAACAUUGAGAGAGCCUGCCAGUCCUUCUUUGACUGUGUCUCCUGUAUCAGCGGCCCCUUAGGUCUUUAUAGGAAUGACUUGCUACAGCAGUUUCUGGAAUCAUGGUACAAUCAGAAGUUUCUGGGCACUCACUGCACUUUUGGAGAUGACAGGCAUCUUACCAAUCGAAUGCUAAGCAUGGGCUAUGCUACAAAGUACACAGCCCAUUCCAAGUGCUACACAGAGACUCCUGCCCAGUUUUUGCGCUGGCUCAACCAGCAAACUCGCUGGACUAAAUCCUACUUUCGCGAGUGGCUCUUCAAUGCAAUGUGGUGGCACAAGCAUCACCUGUGGAUGACCUAUGAAUCAAUUGUCUCAGGAAUCUUUCCUUUUUUUGUCACUGCCACAAUUAUCAAGCUCUUCUGGACAGGCACUCUAUGGGACAUUUUGUGGGUUUUGUGCUGCAUCCAGCUGAUUGGUCUUGUAAAGGCAGCAUAUGCCUGCAUCCUGCGCCAAAAUGUGGUGAUGCUUUUCAUGUCCUUAUACUCUGCCCUCUAUAUGACUAGCCUCCUGCCUGCCAAGUACUUUGCCAUUCUCACCAUGAACAAAAGCAGCUGGGGGACAUCGGGUCGCCGGAAGAUGGUGGGGAACUAUAUUCCCCUGGCACCACUUUCAGUGUGGGCGGCGAUCUUGUUGGGAGGCCUGGGGUACACAAUCUACAAGGAAUACCAGAUGAACUGGACAACAGAUGCAAAAAAAGAGGAGAUCAAGUUUUUGACAUUUGGAGCUGUAGCUUAUGUAUGCUACUGGCUUUUAAUGAUCUGCCUCUAUUGGAUGUGGUUUCGGAGAUUAUUCCGAAAACGCUCACAAAGUUACACUGUGAAUGUAUAGUACAGUUAACUGGGCACAAAGUUUUAUUUAUUUAACGUAAACCUGCACAUUUCUAAAUAUAGUUUACAUGUAAUUUUAUUUAAGGAUUUGUUUUUACUGUAACUUUAACUUGUUGGUGUAUUUAUUAAGGUAAGUUACAACAUGGAAGAAAAAAGUUUUGCAAUUGUAUGCAUUGGAAAUUGUGUGGCAGUAAGCAGUUGCACUGUCUGAAAUGUGCUCUUAAAUGAAGUAUAAGGUUUUAUCAGAAAGCACUGAACAUGGGUUAGCAUACAGGAUUUUCUGAGAUUUCUGCAUUGUGGCACAUUGUGCUGGAGAUUUGUGACCUUGGUGCAGACAACAGGAAUGCUAUUGAAUUUCAGAUUUAACAAAUAUGUAGUAUCAAAACCAAAUAACAUAAACCAUCUUAAGUGAUAUUGGUUUAAUGAUGAGAUAAUGAAUUUAAAUGAACCCAAUGAACAGUAAAACAGACACAUUCUGUUACAACACACUUAUUUAUACUGUAGUGGCCAAAAAUAUUGGCACCCUUGGUAAAUAUUUUUUUUUUAGACUUUCUGACCCCAAGACCCAUAAUUUCUGCAAUUCUCCAGCUGUGAUCCUUGGAGAGUCUUUGGCCAAUUGAACCAUCCUCCUCACUGUGUGUGGAGACAAUAUAGACACACAUCCUUUUCCAGGCCGAUUCAUAAGGUCUCCAGUUGAUUGGAACUUGUUAAUUAUUGCCCUGAUGGUGGAAAUGGGCAUUUUCAAUGCGUUUGCUAUUUUCUUAUAGCCUCUUCCCAUUUUUUGAAGCUCAACAACUUUUGCUGCACAUCAGAACUGCAUUCUUUAGUUUAACCCACUGUGAUUGAUGAUUUAGGGAAUUUGGUCUGUGUGUUACCUCAUAUUUAUACCCCUGUGAAACAGGAACUGAACAAUUUCAUUUUUCUGGUCACCCAGGUGCCCAAUUUUUUUUUAAAUAUGAAUAGAAAUAUACUUCAGAUAUAUUUUACUCAUAAGAAUUUCAAGAGGUGAUAGUAAUUGUAGCCAGCAUGUUUUGGAGAAAAAUAUUUAUUUAAUAAUUAGAUAUUUCCCCUCUUUCAAUUGUUUUACUUCAAUUAAAUGUUGCAUUUUUGUCAAAUUUUUUGAAUGAAAGAUCAAAAGGAUAAACAAUGCAGAUUUGUUUUCACAGCUAUCUUUGCUCAUAUUUACCAAGGGUGCCAAUAUUUUUGGCCACAACUGUAUGCUAUUUAUAGAAUACAGAUAAAGAUGCAAUACAUAGACACAUACCUAACACAGUGAACAGCAUUGAACGUGUGCUUCUGAUGACUUUUAGAAUUUGCAAAAUGACUACUAAUGAAAACAUGACAAAAUAUUUCAUGAAAAACAAAUGUUCAAGACAUUCCAGAUAUGUUUUCUGAUGAGUGUUCUUUCUGAGGUAAUGUGACAGGGCAUGUUUUGUUGUCUUUUAGCACUUAAACAGAGUACUUAAGCAUAGUUUUGAUGUUUGAUGUAAUACUUUGGCAGCGAUAUUUUGUAAAUGUGAAGCCAUAAAUAUUUGUCAUUUAACUUGACA